AUGUCAACUUUAGAAGGGAAGGAGGGUUUCACGGUACAUCAGCUGGAGAAGGUAGAUGAUGAAAAUGAAUUGAGGCGUCGCGAAGAUCUAAUUAUGCAAGCAGCCGAGCAGAUGUCAAAGAGCAAUGAUAUCGAAAGCUUGACAAAAUUAUUAACGUUGUUGCGACCACACUUACUUACAUAUGGCAAGGCAAAAGCUGCAAAACUUAUCCGAAACUUGAUCGAUCUAUGCUUAAAAAUCGAUAGAAAUGAUACUUUCAAACUGAAGAUCUGCACAGAGUACAUUCAAUGGGCUAAGCAACAAAAUCGAAUAUUUUUACGUCAUAUGUUAGAAGUACGCUUAAUGCGAUUGCUGUACGAAUUAGGACGAUAUACAGAAGUGCUCGCUACUGGCGUUAGACUGACAGCCGAAUUAAAGAAAAUAGAAAACAAAGAUGUACAGUUAGAAGCAUAUUUAGAAGAAAGUAAAGCUGCCUUUGCCCUGAAAAACCUAAGUCGGUCACGAACAGCUCUGGUCGCUGCUCGAACCAUCGCUAAUUCCUUAUUCAUUGAUGAGAAGCUGCAGGGCCAGCUUGACAUGCAGUCCGGAAUACUCAAUAUGGCUGAAGAUUGUGAUUUCAAAACAGCUUUUUCUUAUUUCUAUGAAGCAUUUGAGAAGUUUGAUACAGUUGAGGAGAGUGCCAGUGCUCAGAAAGCCUUGAAGUAUAUGUGCCUUACGAAGAUUAUGUCGAAUGAAGCAGCAGAAGUGCCACAUUUGCUAUCUGACAAACUUGCAGUUAAAUAUUCCAGUGUUGAACUGAACGCUAUGCAAGCGAUUGCUGCGGCAUUUCAACACCGAUCCUUACAAGAUUAUUAUAAGGCAUUUGAUAAAUAUCGAAAUGAACUCGAAUCUGAUUUAAUUAUUCGUCGACAAAUGGAUAUUCUCACUGAUGCAAUGCUUGAAAAAGAUAUUUGCCGCGCUAUUGAACCGUACUCUCUCACUGAAAUGUCUCAGUUAGCUAAAACCAUCCAUUUUCCUGUUCAAAAAGUUGAAAAGAAACUUGCACAAAUGAUUCUGGAUAAAAAAAUCAGAGGUGUGAUUGAUCAGCAAGAAGGUACGCUGACAGUAUAUGAAAAGCCUCAUGACAUACAAGACAAAACAUUUACUGAAUCAGUUAAGGUCAUCCGAGCUUUAUCAAAGACAGUCGAUGAAAUAUACUAUCGGGCAAGUACUCUCUAA